CCAAAGGGAUCCUGUGGAUAAUUCUGUCCUGCCCGUCCCUCUUCUGCCAUGGACAAUUUUAACUUCACCACCACCGUGGCUUUUUGGGAAGAGAAUUCAACAACCUCUGGAACAGCCUUUCUCUCUGGAAAUUUAUCCCUAGCUUCUAAUCUGGGCCUGGAUAUUAGUGGUGUCCUUAUUCCCCUGGUAUAUCUCAUUGUCUGUGUCGUAGGACUAGCUGGAAAUUCUCUAGUUAUUUAUGUGGUUUUGUGCCAUUCAGUGAGUGAAUCAGUGACUAAUAUCUACAUCUUCAACUUGGCACUGGCAGAUGAACUCUUUAUGCUUGGCCUACCCUUCUUGGCAGCGCAAAAUGCUUUAUCAUAUUGGCCUUUUGGCUCAUUCAUGUGCCGCCUAGUGAUGGCUGUGGAUGCCAUAAACCAGUUUACUAGUAUUUUCUGCCUCACCGUGAUGAGCGUUGAUCGCUAUCUGGCUGUGGUGCACCCUGGGAAAUCCUCGAAAUGGCGGACAGUCCGUGUGGCUAAGACUGUUAGUGCCACUGUGUGGGUACUCUCAUCUGUGGUGGUGCUGCCUGUGGUAGUGUUUUCCGAAGUCCCUCAUGGUAUGAGUACAUGCCACAUUAAAUGGCCUGAACCUGCUUCAGUAUGGAAAGCUGGUUUCAUCAUCUACACAGCUACACUUGGCUUCUUUGGGCCAUUGCUGGUUAUCUGCUUGUGCUACCUGCUUAUUGUUGUCAAGGUUCGUUCAUCAGGCAGAAAGGUGCAAGCACUGACAGCUAAACGCAAACGCUCUGAACGGAGGGUCACACGUAUGGUAGUAAUUGUGGUGGCAGUCUUUGUACUCUGUUGGCUACCUUUCUAUAUGCUCAACAUCAUCAAUGUCAUCUGGACUUUGCCUGAGGAACCAUCACUCUUUGGUAUUUACUUUCUGGUUGUUGUCCUGCCCUAUGCCAACAGUUGCACCAAUCCUAUCAUCUAUGGCUUCCUGUCCUACCGGUUCAAGCAAGGCUUUCGCAGAGCCAUCUUGAGACCCUCCCGCCGAGUGCAGAACCAAGAAAUAGCCAUGGCAACAACCGCAGAUAAUAUGGAAGAGGAGGAAGAGGAGGAAGAGGAAGAAGAAGAGGAGGAGGAAAUGUUGGCCAAAGUAAAGGAGAUCAGCAAAAUUGCCCAAAAUGGUAAUGGAGGACAGCAGGAGUGUGAACUUGCCAGUGAGCCAGGGAGAGGCAGUGAACACAAGCCAAUUCCUGAAGAGCCCAUAAGUUGUGAGAAGCCCAGCAUAGUUAAUAUCAGCUGUUUAUAGUGACUAGGACCUGAACCACUUUAUCUUUUUUCUGAAAUUCCUUGGCAGAGACUCGUGUUUAAUAAUAUUUUUUUUAAAAGAUAAUUCCUAAAUUAAGGUGUUUUAUAGUAAUAAUCUGUCCCAUGAUGUCUUUCUGAAGCAAGAUACUCUACUAACAUGAACAGAAC